AUGCAACCGUCCAAGCUUCUCGGCGUCCUGACGCUUGCCGUCUCCGUCGCAGCCAUUUCCCUCGACUCCGGAGUAUCGAAGGCCCUCGCUGCCAACCACGACGGAUCCAGUGUGGCCAAUGCUGGAGGCAGCCACCGCUUGACUGCUCGAGCCAAAGGCAAAGGCAAAGGCAAAGCCAAAUGCACAGGCAAAGCCAAAGCGAAAGCCAAAGCCAAAGGCAAAGGCAGAGGCAAAGAGAAUUAUUUCAGCUCGGACGACGACAGCGACAGUUCCUCCUCCUCCGAAGAUGAGCCCAGGCUCCACAACUGGGACUGCACUCGUUGCAAAACGAAAAACUCUAGCGAAUGCAGAGAGGGAUACUGCGCGGUCAGGAAUCAAAUCUAUUGA